UAUAUUAUCGCUACGAAUGGGAGAUUAUGUUAAAGCACUCAUUGAAACUUAGGUGAUUGGAGCCUUUCGAGUGGCAUUGACUAUGCCCUUAGAACAUGUACUUGAUAGAAUUAAGACAUAUAAACAAUCAAAGCAAGGCAUCACUUAUAUAUAGGUAAAUUAUCGAUUAAAUUAUAGAGUUACAUAGAUAUAAAGGGAGCUAGAGGAAUGAUAGGCUUAUAUGAUGGCUUUUCUCCAAGUUUUUUGAGGAACAUGGUCAAAUAAUAUUAUAGAUGGCCUAUGAUGAUUUUUAUACCUUAACUACUGAAUGAACACAUCCAUAAUUAAUCCAUUAAUAAAAUUAUAACAGGAGCUUCAAUUGGAUUGUUUGAAAGUUGUAUUAUUACUCCUUUUGAAAGACUUAAGACAUUAAAAAUGACCUCAAUGUCUACUGGCUUUGGUUAUUUCAAAUACAUAACAUUUGAAUCAAUAUAUGUUGGUUUUAGAAUUCAAACAACAAGACAGGUAGUAUCAUGGACUAACUAUUUAUAUUGGGAUCAUAAAGUCCGUUAUGCAUUAAAAGCUGAUCCUGGCUAACCACUUUCAUUAGUUAAUUCUUUAAUUGCUUCCUCUCUUAGUAGCAUUUUAAAUAUCCUAGCUGGUAUAUUAUUAUCAAUAUUAUUAGUUCAUCCUUUUGAUACAAUCAAAACAUUAGUCUAGAUGGAGGGAAAUCAAAAUUUUAAAAAUCUCUCUCUUUUAGAAGGAUUUAAGAUUGUAUACAAAAAUUAUGGUAUAUCAGGACUAUAUGCAGGAUGGUAAGCAAGAAUAAUAGCUUAUUUUUGUUAAGCUCUUCUUACAACUCCUACUAUAGAUUACUUAGAAAGAAACUAUGGAAUUUCAAGAAGUUAGAAAUAACAAUGA